AUGAAACUGAAUGCUAGUGUCAUCGUGGUGAUUGUGGAUCCGAAUAAACUCAUUCAAUUUUGUGACGAUAAUUCUAAAGGUUAUGAUGCCGGAUUGGAUGACAACAACACCCUUACACCGAUUGGACAGAGUGAAGGUGAACAUGCAACAGGCACAGCAGCUAAAAGUACAUUUCCCGUGACUGUCAGCCGUGACAUCAUUGGUUUGGUCGCCAACAAGAUGUACGGGCCUGUAUGUGACCAACAAGCUGGACAUAGAGAACAACCGACGAUUCCUACCAGACACGAGGAAACUGAGAUUGCCGACGCUGUCCUUGAUGACUGCGAUGACGACCCUAAUAAUGACCACGUGUACAACAACAGGGAUGACUUCUACAACCUACAGCAGACCAGUGAGGACAAUGGCUAUGGUGAACAACCGGCUGAUACAGAAGAAGACACUACAGAGACAAGUAACGACCAAAGGGGCGCCGAAAGGGAUGACAACAGCACCCCUAGGUCGAUCGGUGACCCAAAGAAUAUUGCCUGUGAACAUGCAACCGGCACAGCUGCUGAGAGCACAUUUCCCGUGACUGUCAGCCGUAACAUCAUUGGAUUGGUCGGCAACACGAUGUACGCGCCUGCAUGCGACCAACAAGCUGGUCAUUCAGAACAACCGACGAUUCCCACCAGACACGAGGAAACUGAGAUUGCCGACGCUGUCCUUGAUGACUGCGAUGACGACCCUAAUAAUGACCACGUGUACAACAACAGGGAUGACUUUAACAGCCUACAGCACGACGACCCUGACAACCACAUCUACAACAACAGGGAUGACUUCAACAGUCUACAGCAGGCUAGUGGGGACAAUGGAUAUGGCGACCAACCAGCUGAUAAAGAAGAGGACACUAAACAGACAAUUAACGACCAAAAGGACGCCUCUGUCACACAUCACAAAUAUGUCAACCACACCGUCAGCCUUGACAACCGCACUGCCAGGGAUGACAACCAAACCGCCAAUGGUGACAACCACGCCGUCAGUAAAUACAACCACGCUGCUAGCCUUGACAACCACACUGCCAGGGGUGACAACCAAACCAACAAUGGUGACAACCAUACCAUCAGUAGUGACAACCACAGCGCUAACCGUGACAACCAAAAUGUCGGAGGCUUUAACCAACCCCAGAAUUGCGACAACCACCCAGUCAGCCAUCAAAGCCACGCCGUCAGUCGUGAAAACCAAGUUGUCAGUCGUCAAUACCACACCGCUAGCCGUGACAACCACACUGCCAGAGAAGACAAUCAACCCAAAAAUGGUGACAACCACGCGGCUAAUUGUCCAAACCACGUGCACGCUGUCAGUCGCGACAACCACGCCGAUAGCCUUGACAACCACGCCAUCAGUCGCCACAACCACGCCGUCAGUCGUCACAACCACGCAGUCAGUCGUCACAACCACGAUGUCAGUCGUCACAACCACGCCUUCAGUCGUGACAACCACACCGACAGUUGUGACAACUACACCGACAGUUGUGACAACCACACUGCCAGAGGGUUGGAAUCCAGAAGAGCCAUCUGGCACCAGAUGGACUCACUGGACGGACAUGUGCGUGCAGUACUGGUCAGGUGUCACUGGGUUUCCCAUGUGGGAUGA